UGUUGUUAGUUGUGCUAUUCAUGACUAAGGUAUUUGGCUAUAAUCUGGAGAACCAAGAAGCAGAAACAAAACUGCGAGAAAUAUUGACGCAAGAAUUUCUUGAAGAUUCACCAGAAGUUGACAAUGUUGAUGAGAUGGAUAGAUGCUCUAAGCUUGCUACAUUCGAGCUUCAGUCAGGUUCUUCUCGCAAACUGAAGCGUAAACAUCGGUACCGGGGAGGCGUUUUCUUUGUCCCUGAUGUCGCGGGAGGACGAAACGCUGCUUCAACUCCCGCCGCCGCCGCCGCCGCUGGUGCUACAACGGCGGCGAGCGCCACAGCAAGCAGAAACGCUGCUCCAGAAAGCUCAGGCGCAGCCAAGGCGGACCGUGCUUUCCUCUUCCCGUGCUUCGGUUCAUCGCCUACCAAGUGAAAGGGAUCGAGGAAUAUUACAACCUUUGGAUGUUGCAAUCGUUGCUGUGUACUAUUGGGAUCAAAUAAGAUUUUCAUAAGAUUCCCAAUGUCACAUAGAGUUUAUGUUUCUU